AUGAACUUCGCUCCGAUGACGGCGGCGUCUGCCAUGACGACCUCCAUCAUGACCAUGACCAUUCCCAUGGUCUCACGCUUCACACCUCCUGCCUCUUGUUCAAGCUCCUGGACAUAUGAGCCGGAAGCAGCGAACGCUGUGCCGGGGGGUCUUAUUGUCCAGAACGCCGCCACCGCGGAUCAUGUUGACAGCGCUUGUUGGCCUUCGGGCUUUUAUCAUUAUGGGAGAGUGCAGCCAACCCAGCGAUUCAGUCCAGGAUGGUGUCCCUCUGGCUAUACCUCCGCCGAUAAGGCUAUCAACCGAGGCGUGACCAGCGCGGCUUGCUGUCUGUCUGGAUACUCCUAUGCUUCAAGUGUUGACGGCCCCAAUGGCAUCUAUGCCGGAUGUCUUUCAAUGUUACAGUCGGAUUCCUCAACGAUUCUUACCGUACGCCAGGAGACAAGUGCCAGUACAGAGAUUGUCGGACCAGUCACGAUUUGGGGACAGCCUAUUUUGAUUGCCAUGGAAUCAUCUGACCUGAGUCUCUUCGUUCCUGCAACAACGACAACAUCGCUCUCUUCAAUGUCUCCCGCACAGACUUCCACAUCACAUGUUUCCUCUUCUGGGUCUUCGUCUACACCUUCAUCUUCAUCUGCAUCUUCAUCAUUCACAACCCAGUCCUCAUCUACGCAAAGCACUCUAUCGCCCACAAGCGCCCCAGGCACAAUCACGAGUGGUCUCUCCUCGGGGACGAAGGCGGGAAUUGGAAUCGGUGCCGGUGUGGGCGUUCUAGGAAUAAUAGCCCUAAUUGCAGCAAUCUUCAUCUUCCGGCGACGGCGCAAGCACCCAGUUCCCCAAGACCACCUUGCACCCGCUUCGCAACAGCGUUAUUAUGGUGCGCCCGUCUCGCAAAGCAAUCAAUAUCCCAAGAUUGGUAAGGAUUUCCUCCCGUCUUUGGAAUAA